AUGGCUGGCAAUCCUCGUCAGUCCAAAGUUAAAGCAUUAAGUACUCUAGCUCGGCAAGCUAGAGGUAUUUUAAGAAAUUCUGACGAAAGCAAUACUUCAGAACAUACAGAAAAUUCUGGAGAAGAACCAAAUACAACUGAAAAUACAAUUGAAAAUCCUCUAAUUCGAAAUAUAACUAACAAUUUAAGAAAAUCUUUCACCAUGGGCGAUAAAAAACCAGAUUUAAUUAAAAAUUUAUCGUUAGUAGUCCCGCUAACAAGAAAUAAUUUAAUCACAUUUAUUACUUGCGCAAAGCAGUAUAAUAAAAUGAUGGCUGAACAUUAUGAAUUGAAAGAUAUUAUAGAUAAGUUAGAACAGGUUCCCCAGUUAGAACAAGUUCCCCAACCAACCCUUCCCGAAACCCACAUUCCCUUAUUCCCAUAUUCCCCAAAACAAGGGGAAUAUGAAUCUUUAAAAAAUUAUUCAGCAAGAGUUGAUUAUUUAAAAACUGAAUAUUUACUUGCAAUAAAAGCAACAGGCCAGCAACCUUUCUUUAAAGAAGGAGAACCUUUUAAUAAUUUCAUGAAACAGAAUACAAUUAAAGGUCUUAAACCUGUGUAUGCUGCAAAGGUUCAAGCGGAAGAAAAUCUUGAUGAAGAAGAAUUGAGAACUUUCAUGAAUAAUUCAAAACAUGAGCUAUUUGCUCACAAAAAUAAACCAUUUUACACUCAAUAUGAUCGUCAAGGAUCAAAUUUUAAUAAUUCAAAUAGAUUUAAUGCUAAUAGAGAUCAACGUCAGAACAAUAAUUUCAGAUUCCCUAAUAAUCAAUUAACACGUAAUCAAUUUCAAAAUCCCCGAUACAAUAAUCCUCAAGGUUUUAAUAAUAAUUUCACAUUUGACAGAUCAGCCAAAAGAUUUCAAAUUAACACUUUUCCGAACAAUCAAAAUGUUCGACAAAAUGUUCCAUUCUUUCGUCAGAAUAACUAUAAACAAAAUGCUUAUCAACAGAAUGCAAAUGCUUACAGCCGUUCACAAAAUUAUCAACAAAAUUUUCAAAACAGGAUGCCACAUAAUCCUUUUUCAAACCAAACAAAUGCUUUUCAAUAUGGUUCUAAUAAACAAAACUUUAAUCGCUCUUUCCAAACAACAAAUGGUGAUAAUCACCAGCAGAGAUAUAAUGAAAACAAUCGAAAUUAUCAACAAAAUUAUGUUUUAAAUGAUCAACAAAGUAAACAAAAUGAUCGACAGUUUACACAAUCUUCACAAAAUCAGAAAUAUGUUUCCAUGCCUGGAAAUAAUAAAAGUUAUAAUAAACAAAAAAACGAUUAG